AUGGCUCACGAUCCGGGUCCGUCUCAGGACGGCGACAAGACGGCCCAUGUGCUCACGUCUGAUAGCACAGCGCGACAAAAUGGAGGAGAACAAGGCAUUAGCAACCAGGCCAGCACCAGCCGCACACCCAUCCACGAGUACGACAUUGACCGGGUCGAGAAGGUCUACCGCAAACUCGACCUGCGCAUCAUCCCCGCCUUCUGGGCGCUCUACUUCCUCAGCUCAGCCAUCCGCUCCAACAUCGGCAUCGCCCAAACCAUGAACACGGCCGCGGGGCACGACCUGGCCUCGGUCCUGCGCCUGACCCCACGCGACACAUCCACCGCCCUGGCCUUGUUCUACGUGUCGUACGUUCUCUUCGACCUACCCUCCAACCUCGUCAUGAGCAAGUUGUCGCCGCGCGUUUGGAUGGCGCGCAUCGUCAUCGCCGUGGGCGUCGUGGGCACGUGCUUUGCGGCGGUCAACGACGCUUGGAGUCUCAAGCUGUUGAGGUUCUUGCUGGGCGUCGUCAUCGCCGGCAUGUGGCCUGGCAUGGCGUACUAUUUGACGCUGUUUUACCCGCCGUCGAGAACGGGGAAGCGGAUCGGCAUGUACUUCACCGCGUCACAAGUCUCGGCGGCCGUGGUCGGGCUGGUGUCGGCGGGCUUCCAGCAGAUGGAUGGGCUGCGCGGGCUGGUUGGGUUCCGGUGGAUGUUUUUGGUGUAUGGCCUGUGCGGGGUCGUGCUGGGCAUCGCAUUGCUGUGGUGGCUGCCUGAUCGGCCGCUGGCGCCGGGCGAGGAGAGGAUUAGGAGCUGGUACUCGAGAUGGCUGCCGGCGAGCCCAGAGGCGCUGAAGGGGGAAGAUGCCGUGGUGCACUAUCAUGACCUGAGGAGGGUCUAUCAUGCGCGGCCGUGGAACUUGAGGGAUCUGUGGCAUGUGCUGAUCGAUUGGCGGCUGUGGCCCCUGGUGCUGAUGUACUUUGGGGUUGUCGGCGUCGGCAUCGGCACCCAGCUGUACGGGAAUGUCAUUAUCUCAUCCAUUAACCCCCAGUUCACGGGCGUCCAAAUCAGCUUACUGUUUGCGCCAAUCUGGAUGAUGGACUUUUGCGCGAUCCUCCUAGUCACCCCUAUUUCCGAUCGAUUCCACCGCCACCGAGCUCUGUUCUUCUCCGCUGCCGUCUGUAUCCAGAUAGCUGGCCUUCUCACCGUCACGUUCGCGCUGUCCAACCCCUGGGCUAGAUAUGGCGGCUUGCUCAUGGUUGGGUUCGGCCUCGGACCGACCGUCCCCAUCUGCAUGACAUGGACCAAUGAGAUCUUCCAGCGCCGCCACCGCGAGGUCGGGGUGGCGGCUGCUUCGGCCCUUGUCUCGGGCCUGGGUAAUCUCGGCAGCAUCACGACGACGUACGCCCUGUACACAGGCUGGCCAGAGGACGCUGUCAAGGGACCACACCAAUACCGAAAGAGCAACUUCACCAUGAUUGGCAUUCUCUGCCUGAGCAUCACCAGCAGCUUCGUCAUGACUGUCCUUCUCCAGAUUUUUGGAAGCGAGCCUAGUCACAAGAUCACCAGCAGCGGUAGCUCGGCGACCGAGUCGGACGAGUACCUGGAUGGUGCAGCUCGGAGAGAGGUCCACCAGCGUGGGUUUAGGCGGAUGUGGUGGAACAAGUCAUCCAAGUCAUCUCCGGACGCUUGA